CAAGCGGAAUAGCGGAAGCACGAGGAGGAAGUCAGAGGCACACAAACAUUGGUCGCUCUCUGCGGGAUUAUUAUGCGAAAAUGUCCACAAUUCAAACUCUGAGAGCGUUUGUAAACCAGCGACUGACUGCGGCUGUAGAGGAGAUCUUCGAGCUUUUGGAAAGUACCAUAUUAAACUACGAAGAAGAAAUACUCCGUCAACACAGGCUGCUGAAGGACGUUUCUCAGCGUGAAAACAACGACAAAGCAGUUUCCCCUCGCCAAAAACUGAUUGAAAUAAAAGAAGAACAGCACGAGGCGAAGAACACUCUGAACCAGGAAGACCCAGAGCCGUCGUACAUUGAAGAGUGGAGUUGUCAGGAGGGGGAGCAGCUUCAAGACGAAGAAGAGGAUCAUACCACCACCAAGUUCACAUUCACGUCUGUCUCUGAUGAGUGUGAAGAUGAUGGGGAGAAAAGUCAGUCCUCUCAGCUUUAUCAAAGACAAACUGUGGACAGCAGAGAGAGAGAGAGUCCGACCAGCAGCAGAAGUCACACCAGGGAGAAAAGAUUCAACUGUGCCACAUGUGACAAAAGCUUCACUCAGAGGAAGGCAUUAGUUGUACACAUAAGAAGCCACACAGGAGAGAGACCGUACAGCUGCUCCAUGUGUGACAAAUGUUUCAGCCAGAGGAAGACGUUAGUCGUUCACAUGAGAAGGCACACAGGAGAGAGACCGUUCAGCUGCCCGUUUUGUGAAAAAAGUUUUAGUGUUAAUGGAACGCUGACGAGACACCUAAGAGUUCAUACCGGAGAGAAACCGUACAGCUGUGGUGUUUGUGGAAGGAACUUCAGUUUGCUGACACGCCUGAAAAGCCAUAAGUGUGCAGGUGCGAGCAGCGGCAAGUAACGUUUUCUGCUUUGUGCUUCAAACUGAACCUGGGGUAAAGGAGAGGUUUAAAGUUGGUCAGCUACCAUAGAUGCAAUCAAACAGCAGUUUGUUUUGGUUUCAUGCUGGAUCUAAAGGGCGACAUCUGCUGGAUUUAAUGAAUGUAGCCACUCUGGUAAAGGUAAAGUGUGCUUUCAGAAGUCCCUUGAAUGACCAGCAGGGGGUGAUGACACUGGUAAAAAAGAAGCCCAAUUGUAAGGCUAAAGAGACCGAUUCUCACUCUGAAAUCUGUGAGUUCAUGGUUUCACACUUUGGUUUAAAGUGCUCUUCAGUACAGCAUAAUGUUCAUUUUGUAAAUCCAGGAUCAAUAUAUUGUAAAAAUGUCACAGUAACUGCUUUCACUUUUUCUAUACAGUCUUCACUUUCCAGCCAACCUGCCUAGAGAUAAAGGAUGAGACUGUUGUCUCUGGGAUAAAUCUAUAUUCACUACCACUCCUGUCGAUGUACCAGUGACUGGGGUUUCCUCAUAAGGCACCCCUCAGCAUUUGUAAAUGUGAUGAAGUUGGAAAUGGUAAAUGGACUUGAGCUUGUAAAGCGCUUUUCUUAGUCUUCUGACUACUCAAAGCGCUUUUACACCGCUGGUCACACCAACCCAUUCACACACUGAUGGCAGAGGCUGCUAUGUAAAGUCACCAUCACAAGUAACUAAUAAUUCACAUGCCGCCAACAAAGCAGCUCGAGCAACUUGGGGUUAAAGUGUCCUGUCCAGGGACACAUCGGAAAUGUUGCUGCAGGAUCUGGUGAUCGAAACCCCCGACCGUCUGGUUGUGACACGACCGACUCUACCAACUGAGCCACAGCCACCCUCAAAUCUGUUCUGACAUGUUUAAUAUACAAAUGUAGUGAGCCAAUGAGAAAAGAAUGGUUAAAGUUGACAAAUUGACAUUUGAUUUGUGACAUUGACUUGUGCAUUCACUGUUCUCUUCUGAAGCAGCAUCAGGUGUAUCAUUCUGUGAGAAGAUCAAGUAUACUACCAGUUUAUUUUACCCGUCUGUCGUUUGAGUUAAUGAGGAGGAUUGCUUCGAGUCACUACAUAUAAAAUGUGUGCAUUAUUAUAUAAGUAUGUGAGGGUAACACUGUGCACAGUGAAUUCACUCUCGGGUAAAGUGCCUUUAUUCUUUCAAUAAUGUAGUAAAAUGAAAUAGACAUAAACAUGUGUUCAUCUCUGCUGAUUUUUGUUUAACAUAUACAGUAUAUAUAACAGAUGAAAAUAAUUUGAACACUUGUCAUCAUGAUACAAAUACAGCAAAAACGAUUCUUUCAGUUCCUUCGUUUUAUGUUCCACCAAUAAGAACGCUGCAUUACCAGUAUUGAGCAGUACAACCCUUUGCACAAGGCCUUCUUUUUCUUCCCCACAAUCCCUCAAGUUUAGUGACAAUUUUGGGGAAACUAACGAAAUUACAGCUCUAGACAAUCGUAAUUGAAACUCGUAUGAGCAAGAGAGUGCAGCAUUCCAGUCACAAUUCACCCUAAAUUUCCUCUGAAGGCAUAACAUGUGGUCUUUCAAAGUUUGCCCCAAACGGUGACUGGACUGAAGUAGCCUUUUGGGUCGAGUUUUAAUAGACCAUGGACUAAGAACAGACACCUGAUAGUUUGUUAACCCUGUGUUUUUACUGAAGCCUAAAUGUUUGAAACCCCUUAUCACAACUAAAGCCCAAAUGUUACAUUUGAUUUGGAAUUACAUGUAUUAAAAAUGCAUUUGAAAAAAUGUAA